AUGACGGAUGAAGAUAGAGAGAACGGCAUGAUCCACAGCGAUAUUGACCCGGUAGCAUGGGAACUCGAGCGACGACGGAUGCUCCCAAAGUUACACGCAGUUCUACAGGAUAAACUACAGCGACAUCCGACUGUAAGCUCUUGGCGCGUACGGCUAGACCAUGUCCAGUCGCAAGCUGGAUUGAUAGUUGAGGGUGAGGAAGACGUGCAGCAUGAAAUCGCCCAGAUACAAGCGACUCGACAGAAGGAGACAGAACAGUUAGAAAGAUACGAGAAGAUGCUGAACAAACAAUUCUUGCGAGCUCGACGGCUGUACGAUGAGAGCAAAGCCCGGUUGGCCAAGUCUCAUGAAGAAAUGCAGACCGCUCAGGUCGAGCCCUUUCUUACCUUUAUGCGUAUCCAAUUUGACGCCAAGUCGCGUCUUGCAGCGUUCCAGUUCCAUUUCUGCGGUGACCGUCGCUUCCAAGCCACGAUGAACUUGACAGGGUCGUUCCACCAUGUAGAUGAGACGCCAGUUGUGCGCAAUGCGUUGUUGCACAUUGGUCUCUGCAUCUUGCCGUGGUUCUGGAUGGGCUACAACUGCAAGUACAUUCGGAUCGAGGCGGGAUAUCUCGAUUCGGAGCAGGUGCACUUCUGGGAGGAGUUCUACCAGAAUGUGCUGAGCGAGUAUCUGUAUCUACACGGGUUAGAUCGCGAUCGUCUGCAUAUUAUUGUAGAUGCACCAGCUUGUGAAGCUCUUCCAGUGCUGCCGGACAGGAAACUAGAACAACACGGCAAGACUAAAGUUCUCGUCCCACUGGGCGGUGGCAAGGAUUCACUUGUGGUGUAUCAGUUGCUGUCUUCGAGUGAAACGCCCUGUGCGUGGCUGCAUGUGGGCGAUCGUCCACAGGAGUUUGAGCGCAGCUGGCGGUUCAAGGAGAUUGUGGAGAUGACGCAGAAUCGUACCGGUACUUCUGCAAUCCGCUUCGAGCACGACAUGGAUGACAAGACGUGGGGAAGGAAAGUUGCCGGCACGCGAUACCAACCGGCAGGUCAUCCGUGGGCAGCUCUGGUGGCUUUUGACAGUGUCCUCGCAGCCAUUUUGGGCGACUUCACCCACGUUGCGGUGGGCAACGAGUGUAGUGCCAAUUACGGCAACAACGUCAUACAUGAGGGCCGAGCAGUCAACCACCAGUACGACAAGAGCUUUGAGUUUGAGACACGAGCUCACGCGUAUAUCCGCAAGUAUUUGGUGCAAGAUCUGCACUACUUUUCGGCACUGCAACAUCUGUGGGAGGUCCAAAUUGCUCGCGCAUUUGCGCGUCGCUCGUUGCAGAGCUCUUAGAAUUUCGUUGCCGUUUUUUUGAGCUGCAAUGAAGCUCC